AAGCAAACGAACCCCACAAUCCCAUCACUAUCAUCAUCACCAUUACCACCCCAUCAAGCCUUCUUUCCCCCUUCUCUCUCCGCUGCAAACAUCAUUCACCUAUAUUAUACCUCUCUCUUAUCUCCAUCCAACCAGUUAAAAAGAUUGGAAAAGGCUCCACUACAUCAGAUCGACACCCAGCUGUGCAAUGAGGAAGCCUGAUCCUAAUAUGCCAAAAACCAACACCAACACCACCAACAAGAUGAAGCUGAGGAAGGGGUUGUGGUCACCAGAAGAGGACGAGAAACUCAUGAAGUACAUGUUAACCAAUGGACAAGGCUGCUGGAGUGACAUUGCUAAGAAUGCUGGUCUGCAAAGGUGUGGCAAAAGUUGUCGCCUUCGUUGGAUUAAUUACUUGAGACCUGAUCUCAAACGUGGCGCCUUCUCUCUUCAAGAAGAAGAGCUUAUCAUACAUUUGCACUCCAUACUUGGAAACAGGUGGUCUCAAAUCGCGGCUCGUCUUCCAGGAAGGACUGAUAAUGAAAUAAAGAAUUUCUGGAACUCAACACUAAAGAAAAGAUUGAAAAACAACACAUCCACAUCCUCAUCACCCAACAACAGUGAUUCAUCGGAGCCCAGGGAUGUCGUAGGAGGGAUUUUCCCUCUGCACGAACAUCACGCGAUGACCUUUUGCAUGGACUCAAUAUCCUCAUCAUCAACAAUAUCCAUGCCACCGAUGGGUACAGGCAACCAAUUCGAUCCGUUCCCCCUACUCAACAUCAACCGUUACGAUAAAACGGGCGGUGCAGCAGGUUUAUUGGAUCUGCCCACAUGCUUGACACAAGGUGGUUUGGGAGAGGCAUUAUAUGGGGAUUAUGGGGUUUUAGAGCCAGGGAAAAUAGCGUUGGAAGGGGACUUUUCACUUCCUCCACUUGAGAGUAGAAGCAUUGAAGAGAGCAAUGCUGCCAUUAACAGCAUUGAUAGGAAAAGCAAUAACAACAACCACCACCACCACCAUAAUAAUAAUACUUGCUUCAACAACACUGAUCAAAGCUUUAAAGUAGGGGAGGCGUUUGGGUUAGAAAAUCAUCAUUGGGAAGCGGAAAACUUGAGAAUGGGAGAAUGGGACUUAGAGGGUUUGAUGGAUAACAUAUCUUCUUUCCCUAAUUUCCUUGAUUUCCAAGUUGAAUAACUAUAUCUUCCAUUUUCAACUCUACCCAAAGCCACACAUAGAAAAUUUUGGGCAGAUAUAUUCAUACUUGAAGUCCUUGCCAUCUCAGAACCUCCAUUUUUUACCCCAUUUAAUCCUUGUUAUUGGCUCAUUAUACUCUUUUUUUUUUUUUUGGGUUUUAUUUUCAAUUUGUUUUAGUUUUAUAUACGGGACCUUGCAUAAAUUGGGACGUCGUCGAAUAAGCAUAAAAUAGGUGGGAGAUUAGCAGAGGUGAAGGCUUGUUGUACGUAAAUGUAAGAGCAUGAGGCAUGCAAGGGGGAUCGUGCAAGAACCGUCGUCCCUUUCUUAAGAGAAAAUGUGAAUAGUGAUAUACAGAAAUAGAGAAAGCCAAAAUAAAAUAAAAAAAGAUUAUAUUUGUUGAAUUGUAUACUUUUACUUUCAUGUACAAAUUAGGGGAAUAAAUUUAAAGUUAGUUU